ACUUACCCGGAAAUAUAGUCCGAGAUGAAGACAGGGUUUAGUCACGCCAAGAGUAUCACGUGACAGAAAAGAUGGCCGACAUAGAACCUCCCCCGAUGGAAAAUGAAAGUUUGAAGGAUGAGGAUGAUUUAUUUGCAGAUACAACAGAGACUGUAGAAGAAGAAUCAUUGCCAGAAUCACAUCCUGUGAAAGAGCCUGUGGAAGAGGAGUCGGCACAAGGCGAGGAGAAAACCCGCAUUCCAGCUGAUAUCAACAUUGAUAGUGACAAAGAUGAAGAAGAAGACCUUUUUGCAGGAGGUGGUACAGAAGUAAAGUUAGACUCAGAUGAUGAGGAUGUACCUGCAGUGGAGAAGAAAGACUCACCAGCACCCACGCUUACUAUGGACGAUCCUGUACCUGAGAUCAAACCUUUGUCUGCCGAGGAAGAAAGGCCCAAACUUGAUGUGUCCCAGACCACGAUCACAGCACCUGCUAGAGUAGCUGCAACACGGACUUCAUCCAAAGGAUCUAAAGAUGAGGAUAAGAUUGAGGAGGACCCAUAUACUAUUGAUAUAAAGGUUGUAGAGCCACACAAAGUUGGUGAUGGUAUGGGGGCCUAUGUUGUGUAUAAAGUGAUUACCAAGACUACCAUUCCAGCUUAUAAAAAGGCAGAACUUAUUGUGAUACGUAGAUUCAGUGAUUUCCUUGGUUUAUAUGAGAAAUUACACGAGAAACAUACUCAUCAUGGCAGAAUUGUCCCCCCUGCUCCUGAGAAAAGUCUUGUUGGUAUGACAAAGGUAAAGAUGUCAAAAGAGGAAUCAGGUUCAGCAGAUUUCCUUGAAAGGAGGAGAGCAGCUUUAGAAAGAUAUUUAAAUAGAACAGCUAGUCAUCCUGUAUUAAAGAUGGACCCAGAUUUCCGUGACUUCUUGGAGCGGGAUGGGGAGCUCCCUAAGGCCACCAGUACAUCUGCACUGAGUGGAGCUGGUGUCAAAAGGCUCUUGAGUAAAAUGGGAGAUGCCGUGGAAAAAAUAACAUUCAAAAUGGAUGAGUCAGAUGAGUGGUUUGAGGAGAAACAUCAACAAAUUGACAAUUUAGACCAGCAGUUAAGAAAAUUACAUGGUGCAAUGGAGUCUUUGGUUAACCAUAGAAGAGAUCUCAGUGUUUCUACGGCUGUUUUCGCCAAGAGUGCAGCAAUGUUAGGUGCUGCCGAGGAACAUACUGCACUAUCACGUGCUCUGUCACAACUGGCAGAAACAGAAGAAAAGAUUGAGCAGUUACAUAAAGAACAAUCUGAUCAAGACUUUUAUGUGAUGGCAGAGUUACUCAAGGAUUAUGUAGCACUUCUAGGCUCUGUAAAGGAAGUGUUACAUGAGAGAGUGAAGACAUACAAGAACUGGAAGGAUGCAGAAGCAACGUUAACAAAGAAGAGGGAAGUUAAAGCUAAACUUGAGUUGGCACACAAAACUGACAAAAUAUCCCAGGCACAACAAGAAAUAACUGAUUGGGUACAACGAGUUGAGAAGGGACAGAGAGACUUUGAGACGAUAUCACAGACAGUACGUAAGGAGGUGGCCAGAUUCGACAAAUUGCGAGUUGGUGAUUUUAAAGCUAGUGUGAUACAGUACCUUCAAAAUUUAAUGGAAAAGCAACAGCAGAUGAUCAAACAUUGGGAGCAAUUUUUACCAGAGGCUAAAGCAAUUGCAUGAUGUGUACAUGUGUGAUACAUUAUUCAUUACAUUCUAGCGUGUUAUACUAGUGCUGACAUACAGCUGGCAGUGAUAAAUUAUUGAGCUUUCUUGCUUCUAGUAGCCACCAUUUCUAGGUUAUGAAAUAUACAAAAGGCUUCGUUUAAGGAAAUUCAGAAGAGCUGAAAGUCUAGUUUUGCAGAAUUGAUGUGUUAAUACAUUUCUUUUGAAAGACAAAUUAAAAUGAAAUUAAGUGAACUAUUGAAAAGUUGUGAGGAAUAAUAAAAUGACUGGUUUAAAGGAAAAUUUAUGAUUUUUUUGCUGUUGUAAAUGUCAGUUUCUUCUACAAUUUCUGUAUUUUUUGGCUAUUUCUAAAUGGUUUGAAAUAUUGUACAGAAAACAAAUUCUUAGUCAUUUCAGAUACUUUAAAUGUAAGUUUUAUAAUUUAUAUUUUGAUGCUGCUUAAAAGGAUAGUUGUGUAUAAAUAUUUCAGUAUCUUAUACUUUCAUCUUCAAAAUUUAAUGAAUGAAAAAUUAUUUUUUGAAACAUAGCUAGUUCUUGACGAUAGAAAUGUCCAUUUAAUCAAAUAAAGUCAGGAAGGAAGUAAGUGUUACAGAGUUUUAAUAAUGCCCAAUAUAUUUGAAUAUUACAAAAAUAUGUAGUGGGCAUUGGCAUCAAGAAAAUAAUUUUAUUUGCACAAAAUAUACUAACAAAACUUGUAUUUUAUAAGUACAUGGUGCAUAGAAUUUAUAAAAUUGCAGCAGUACACAAAUGCAUUGAAACAUGUUUCACUGCAUAAAGCUGCAAAUGUGUGGAUGGAAUUCUAUAUGAGUAUUUUGUUUUUCUGUAGUGCAAUAUUUCAUAUUAUAAAGUAAAAUUUCCAGUAACCAAGGUUCAUAGUAGCUGGUCUAUAAGUCACAAAUUUCAUUGUUUAUGAAUAGUCGUAAAAUGACUCAGCAUUUUGUUUGUAUUUAUAAUGGUAUCUUGUAUACAAAUAUGUUUUAUUUAAUGUGACAGCUAUCAUAUAACUGUCUUUUCGUAAUUAUAAAGGAAUACAUUUCAGCACUUGUACCUCUUUCCUUACCUCAUGUGUUGGUUUUGUAGUCAAUGUGUUACUAGCAGCUACCAGAUUUAUAUAACACCCUUUUCAUGAUAUACACAUUCAAAAGACUUCACAUACAACAGGGGUGCCAAAUUCAUCCUUUACGAGAACAGCCAUAGGGCAAUCUGAGCAGAUAGAACUAAACAAAGCCCCUAGAACAGAGAGGCAUGUUUGACUCAGUCAGCCUAUCUGUUUGCAAAUAGACAGCCUGGUUCUUUCAACAUACCAUCUUUUAUAGGAAGAACUAGUACUGGUCACAUAGUUGAAUGGGUGUACUCAAGAGUAUCUUGAAAUUUCUAGUGCCAUAGGUAUAUUUGCAGAAAAAAAAUGAGAAUACAAUAUUUAAAUGCUUGUUAUUAGUUUAAAACUAAUUUGGAGUAAAGUUGAUUUCAAAGUAUUUUAAUUUGCUUGGUUACAAAUUUUGUAUAACCAGUUUUUAAAGGUGUGUAAUGAUUAUUUCUUGCAGUAUAGUCUGUUACAAAAUAAUGUUAGUAAAAUUGCAAAGUGGAAAGAGGAUUUUAUUUGUAAGGGAAUGCUGCCGACAUUGUCUUAGGAAUUACUAUAAAAAUUCAGUUUGCAGAUGCUGAAAGCCUGAAAAAUGCUAGUAACAACAUAUGCAGAAGUCAAUUUAUGUCGGUAGUGGUGUUUUAAGGGGCUCUCAUAGUGUCUAAAUGCUUAUAUAAUGUAUAUCUUUGGUUGUAUUAAAGAAAACAUUUAUUUACACUUACACAGUGUUCAAAUGCAAGCAAGUUUACCUGUUUAAAGAAAUGUGACAUCCAUCUCCUUGUUUUAUUAUGUUUUGUGUUGUCUGUCCAUAGUCAUAUACAUGAUUAUUUGAAACUAUUACAUGUAUGUUAUUGAUUAAAAGAAUUUUAUGUAUAGUACUAUUUGUAAUGUAAGGGGAUCAAAUGUGAUUUAAUUGUUAUGAUGAAAUGUGUAUCUUUGUAUUAAACAAUGAAAAUUA